AUGGCUAAAACUAGUCACAAGUCCGUUCUACCGAACUCCUCAUCAAGUCCAAGCAGCCGAAGACCCAUCAAGUCCAUGCAGCCGAAGACCCAUCAAGUCCAUGCAGCCGAAGACCCAUCAAGUCCAUGCAGCCGAAGACCCAUCAAGUCCAUGCAGCCGAAGAUCCGUCAAGUCCAUGCAGGCGAAGACCCAUCAAGUUCUAGUCUCCGUGGUGCAGUGCCGAAGACCCAUCAAGUCCAAGCAGCCGAAGACCCAUCAAGUCCAUGCAGUCGAAGACCCGUCAAGUCCAUGCAGCCGAAGACCCGUCAAGUCCAUGCAGCCGAAGACCCGUCAAGUCCAUGCAGCCGAAGACCCGUCAAGUCCAUGCAGUCGAAGACCCGUCAAGUCCAUGCAGCCGAAGACCCGUCAAGUCCAUGCAGCCGAAGACCCGUCAAGUCCAUGCAGCCGAAGACCCGUCAGGUCCAUGCAGCCGAAGACCCAUCAAGUCCAUGCAGCCGAAGACCCAUCAAGUCCAUGCAGCCGAAGACCCAUCAAGUCCAUGCAGCCGAAGACCCGUCAAGUCCGUUCUACCGAACUCCCGUCAUUGUGUAG